CCUUUUUCUUCUCUUGUGGGCCCCAUUAAUCCCUACCUCCUCCUAUUCCAAAAGUCACCCAUGUCUCUCUUUUAUAUUUAUCUCCCAAAAGCAAAGAGUGCCAAAUCAAAGACACUAAUGGAGUUACCAUGAUCACAUCCUUCACUCAUCGCAUAGAGAAUUAGAAAUCACACAACAAGAGAGAGAGAUAGCACAAACACUAGUGAGUGAGAGGCAAUGGGAAAUUACAAGUUCAAAUUAUCAGAUAUGAUGCCUAAUGCUUGGUUUUACAAGCUUAGAGACAUGGGAAGAACAAAAAACCAAACACCAACAACACAACAAAGGAAGAAAAAGCAAUCUUCAAGUUCAACAACCUCAAACACAUCAAAAUCAAAGCAACCCCACCAAAGCAAUCCAAGAAAAUCUUACUACUUUACAAGAGAGCUUAACCAAACAAACAAUAGAAUCUACAACACUUCACCACCAAACAACACAAAUUUUCCACCUGAACCACCAAGAAAAUCAUCAUCAAAACAACAAAGACCAAAAAGAAGAACACCAAAGACUUCAUCAUCUUCUCCAUUUGAUUCUCCACUUGAUAGCUCUGCAGAAUCAGAAGAACUCCCUGAGCCAGAAAUCAGAACAGACCGUGUUCUUCUUCCGACGAACGACAUCAUAAUCGAUGUUGAUAACAAUUCUAUCGUAGAAACAAGACAGGAUGAUAAGUUAAAUGAGUAUGAUUCAUUAUCAGAACUCAUGAAACUUCCACCAAUUGUGACCAAACCAGAAAAGUUCAACUACUUGUUAAACUAUGCAAAGAAGAAAGAAACAAAACCCAGAAGCAAAAAUUCAUCAAAUGAUGAACACAACGUUAAAGGGUCACCAAAAGUCAAGAUUUUGAAGGAAGAACAGAGGAACAUCAACACAAAAACACCAAGUAGAAGAUUUUCCGUUAGUUCACCUGGUGUGAAACUUAGGAUCAAUUCACCAAGAAUUUCAAGCCGGAAAAUUCAAACACAUGGCCGGAAAAGCACGUCUUCCACCAUCAUUUCGGCUGGCAACCGGAGAAGUCUUUCCGAUAGUUUUGCAAUUGUGAAGUCAUCAUUGAAUCCACAAGGAGAUUUCAGAGAAUCAAUGGUGGAGAUGAUUGUUCAGAACAACAUUAGAACAUCAAAGGAUUUGGAAGAUCUUCUUGCUUGUUACCUUUCUUUGAAUUCAGAUGAGUAUCAUGAACUUAUUAUCAAAGUGUUCAAGCAAAUAUGGUUUGAUUUAACCGAUAAUCAGUAGAACAAUUCUAUAUUUUUUUUGAACUUGGUAUCUGGCUCAGAAUCGACUAAUCAUAGGGGUUCAAUCCAAAUGGUCUCUUAGCGGGGCACAUUUAAUAGUAGAACAAGUUUAUAUUAAGUUUCUGUUUCACACAAAUAUUCAUGUUCAUAUGUUAGUGUGAGUAAUAUGAUAUCAUGGUUAAGUUCAAUAGAUUUUAGUGCUUUAAUGUUUUCAAUUCUUUACAUAAAAUGGAAAAGGGAAAUUGAAUGCUCAAAACUAAGAGCAACAAUUUAAUGUACAAUGUCAAAGGUGAUUGUAAUGGAAUUGGACUCUAUCUUUUGCAAAAAA